UAUACAAAAUCUAUUUUCUAGGUAAAUAAAUAUGCCAAGGAGCUGCUGGCUGCUAUGAGCUCUGGGAUGGAGGAGAAGGACGACCCUGGGAAACGCAUCACUCUGGAGGCCAUGUCGGGCCUGUCCAAGGUGCUCCUCUACCUGGACAAGAAGAACGUCCAGCUGCUGGUUGUCUACAUCUUCAUGAAGAUCAAACCCUUCCUGGAGAGUGAGAAUGAUGAGAUCCGCUGUGCCUCCAUCAUGCUCCUGGGGAACCUGUCUAAGUUUGGUUCAGGAGAGCCUGUGUUCAAGGACCAGAUCCACAACGUACUGGUCAGCCUGCUGCUGCACCUCAGUGACCCCAACCUGCAGGUGGUCAAGGCGUGUAAGUAUGCCAUGCGAGUGUGUGCUCCAGUGGUGGGCUCAGAGCUCAUCACCACUAUGUUCCAGAACCAUCUCCACGAGGACAAGAGUCUGCACUACGGAGAGUUCAUCAACGACCUCACCAAAUAUCUUAUUCAAGACUUCCCUGGCAUGCUCAACUUCUACCACAUCACUGUCAUCCAGUUCUUCAAAAGCAACUGGGCCGAGGUUCGGGCCGGUGCUGCUAUGUUUAUCGGUUUCCUUCUGGGUAAUCUUCCCGAGGAAUUAUUUUCUCACAUCAACAUGGGGAGUGUGACCAAAGGUCUGGUCAUGCUGCUCCAGGACCCAGACCCAGUGGUGAGAGUCAAGGCAGCUGAAGCUAUGGGCCACUUCCAUUGAACAGACACACAUCCUGCCUGCUAUUCAUUACUUCAUUAGCUGUUUUAGAAUUGUUUCUGUUUUCUAAGAAGAUGAUCUGGUACUUUACAUGUUGACAGUGCAACUUGAAUUAGUCCUUGAAAGUAUGAAUUAGUGACCAAAGACUGUACCUCCAUGUAUAGAAAAACAUGCAUAGCACUUUGGAGCAGUAUUAUGAAAUCUGUUGCCAUUUUUGGAAUUUGUCUUCAGAAUGUUGAGUGUGUUAGGUCAAUUGGCCAAUGGGCCUGACCUCCGCUGAGCUUAGUGUUUAGCUGAAUUCCAAAUCGAGCACUAUCCCAUCUUCCCUAGUCACUUCUGUAGACCUGAAGGGAUUAGAAAGGUGUAGGCAAUAUGGUAGUUGGGAUUUGCCUGCUGGAUGGAAUCUCCACCAUAUUGGUUGUAGCUAUCUAUCCUUUUCAGGUCAAGAAAAGGGGCUAGCGGGGAGGGGCUAGGGGUUGAUCUGUAAUUCAGCCUUAUUAUUCUGUCUGUGCUGUGAGCCUCCAGCCUCCAUUCCAUUCACACUAGUCUAGUGGACCACCGAAACACAAGUAGGGCUGGCACUAUUACCCGGUAACCCACGGUUAUGGAUAAAGACCGUAAAAAAUGAAUGUUACGGUUAAGUCUUUCUUCUGCAACAUGGACUCUUAACAUGAUUAAACUUUUUUUGUAAUGUAGAAUGUUCGUUCAAAUGAUGUUAACUGGUGUGGCUCAUGCAAUGGAAUGUACUGUACUUUUUGUAAUGUCUAUUGAGUUGAAUCACCAAAUCACAACACAUAUUUGACUUCCUGCUUUGGUCCUAUGGGUACACUCGCAAUGGCUGCCAGUCCACCCAUUAUGCCAACGUUGAAUGUGGACUCCCGUUCUAUUCAUUCUAUUUCUAUGGCAGCACAUGCAGUCAGGAACGGAGGAGAAAUGUGCAUCUACGUUUAUUCAUUUGUAUUUUUUUGCUAUUUGAACGGUUGUUACGGUGACCGCAGUCAUUUGGCUGACCAAAUUACCGUCCUACAAAGUUCCAUGACCCUCACAGCCCUCCACACAAGGAUGAGCAGUUAUCAGCCACGUCCAAGGAGGCUGUCUGUCAGCAAGGACAGCCCAAAACCAUCCCAUGUACCCGUUCUUACAGUUACUUCUGCUAGGAUUGUCUAACAACAGGACUGCAUCCUAAAACACUGUUGUAGCUUGUUCAGAAAAUGUCUUGUAGGAACAGGAGUUUUCUCCUGACCACAAGACCUCACCAUGGGGGGAAAAACAGGACCUAGUUAUAUAGUUAUACAUUGAGUUUCUACUGGUCAGGGAAAAUGCCUGGGUCACUUUCUUUAGGACCAUGCAAUGGAAAAUGAAUGAGAAAUUUGUGUUGUUGGACAAGUCCAGAUAGUCUCUCCCUGUUUUCAGUCAGUUUUCUUCCGUUUGGUGCCUAAUGAACGUGACCCCUAGUCUUUAUCUGUUCUUCUUUACCCCAGGUACAACAUGUACGCAACCAGGCACUCCCGUGGAGUUGCCACACAGUGCCAAAUAAUCAGACCUGGAUUUAAAUACUAUUUGAUUUAUUUCAAAAAUAGUGUUUACUUUAACCUGCCAGAGGGGCGGGGUUUGCAGUUUUGCCAGCGCUAUUCUAUUGGUUCCAUUGUGCAGGCAGAAUUAAGAACACCUAAAGUACUUGAAAUUAUUUCAAAUAGUAUUUGAACCCAGAUCUGCAAAUAAUAGUUUUACUGGGAAGCUGCAUUAAGAUGGAUGUAAUAACCUUUCCUUUUCAUAUCUCUCCUUGUCUUAUCUCACACGCUUUCUCUUAAAAGAUGGAACGCACUUAACUUUUCCACUCCUACUGUCCUUUUCAUGAGAUUGGGUUAGGGUACCGAUUAUAACAGGUUAUGAGGUCUUAAGCUAUGACAUUCCUGUCAAGUAAGUUUUACGUUGCACUACUUAAUCAGUCUGUCAUUGUACACAGUGAAUUACACAUCCACAUGUUUUUGUUGCGUUACUGAUGGAUAGAGAUGUUUGUAGUAAAGUGCGGUAUAGGCACUAUUUAAUGUGUUGCCUACAUUUGGUAAAAGUCCUGGUACUAAAGUACAGCUGGAUAGUACCUGUGUGUCUGGGGUGUUGAAGGGUUACUGAGGAUGAUGGCUGUUCUGUUGGACCAUUCUUUGUUAAUGUGAUAUUUUAAUGUGACAUCUUUCAAUAAUGGACAUGGAAAAAGUGCACUGUUAUGUAUGCAAACUGUGUCCAUUUAAAAUGGAAACAGGCCUAUGACGAUGAUGAUGGAAAAUAUAUUUUCCAUUUUGGAAAUAAUAAAGUGAUGAUCCAUAGAAAAAUAA